AGCGUCUGAAAGCAUCGAUUGAACCGCCGGGCGUUGCGGCGUCAGUUUUGAAGCGACCGCAAUGGCAGACGAUGGCGACGCCAAGGGCAUGAUUGCGCAAGAAGAGCGUGAGCUCCGGCGCGUCUUCGACCACCUCGCGGGCUUUCGUCAGAAGAAAAAACUCGGUCAGAGUAUCGCGACGCUUCGCGACCGAAAAGCACAGCUCGAGUUUGCCAAUUCCAACUUUUCAAGCAACUCGGCGCCGAUCUUUGACGCCGCUGGCAAGAAGAUGACGCAACCCGAGAUUGUUGCGGAGCUGCGGUCCGUCGAAGCCGACGUGGACGCGCACACCACGGAGCUAGCGGCGCUCAGCAGCGCGGCGGCGGCGACCUCGCGUGUUAUCAAAAGCGAAGACCUCUACGAUGCCAUCAAGGCGCUCGGAAAGGUGUGCGCCAAGAAAGAGAUUAGUGAUAUGAUCUGGGAGGCUGAUGAGAACCUCGAUGGCGCUGUCGACUGGGAGGAGCUGCGGGGUAUGUUCAACCGCAACCUUCUCGACAAGACCGAGCUGGAGCCCGUCAAUUUAUUCAACGUCGUGCAGUUCAUGACGUACGACAAGAAGAUGUGCGGUACGAUUACCGCUGACGACACGAUGGCGAUCCUCUUUGCGCGCUACGGCCAAGCGCAACUCGAGACGAAGAUGAAGACGCUCUUUGGCGACUCGGACGAGCUUUCGUUUGUCAACUAUCUCGACCGCGUCGGAAAGCAGCGCAAGCCCAAGAAAGCUCCGGCAUAAGAAGCGGUAGACGCUGGAAAUACACUG